AUGGAGCAAAGGCGUUCAACAUCCGAAGAUAACAAGGACCCGACAUUCACCGCGCUGACACCAACCGAGUCACCCGUCGAGUAUCGAAAUAACAUCGAAAUAGCUGAGUUAACGGCGACAUCAAAACGAGACCUUGAAGCCGCUAGAGAACGUAUUCUGCGACGGCAGGCUCUCGUUCGGCAGGAUGCGCCACAGUUACCGUUUUUAACUUUCUUCAGGAGGGGCCUGAGUGAUGACGAGUUAGAUCGGGUUGCUACACAACCCUCAGUUUAUGAUGAUCCGGCUACUGCGAAGUUUUUUGAGCCGCAUCCGCAAUGGGAGAAUUUGCAUCGGUUUGAUCCUGAGGCUCGAUGGACCUGGAGGGAAGAGUUGCCAUUGAUUAACAGACUUGACUGGAAAAUUAUGGUCUGGGCAUGCAUCGCCUUCUUUGGUUUAGAUUUAGGACGCGGCAAUCUUGCUCAAGCAAACACGGAUAACUUUCUUCCAGAUCUAAAUCUAACGACAAAUGACUAUAACUUGGGGAAUACGGUUUUCCAACUAUCGUUUCUAAGCGCUGAACUACCAUCUCAAAUAAUAAGUAAACGGAUCGGUGUUGAUAGAUGGCUUCCGUUUUUGAUGUGCUCUUGGGCUAUUGUGUCCGGGUCGCAGUUUUUUCUGGCUGGGAGAACCUCAUUUCUGAUUUGUAGAUGCCUGCUUGGGCUUCUGCAGGGGGGGUUUAUACCUGAGGUCGUCUUAUUUUUAACCUACUUCUACAAAAAUACCGAGCUCCCAUUCCGUCUUGCAAUAUUCUGGUGCACCCGUCGGUUUACUGAUAUCGUCGCCCCAAUAAUUGCUUUCGGAAUCCUUCGACUCCGCGGAAAGCACGGCCACGAAGGUUGGCGCUGGCUCUUCCUAGCCGAAGGCGCAAUGAUGUUCUCUAUUGGCGUUUUCUCGGCUUUUUUCAUGCCAGCAUCCCCAACUCAGACUAAAUCCUGGUACCGUCCUAACGGCUGGUUCAACGAGCGAGAGGAAACAAUCAUGGUCAACAGAGUUAUCAGAGAUGAUCCAUCGAAAGGAGAUAUGCACAAUCGACAAGGACUUACGUUAAAACUGCUGUGGAAGUCGUUGGGCGACUUUGAUAUCUGGCCAAUUUAUAUCUUUGGCAUGCUUUGGGAGUUGCCUUCUGGCCCGCCGGACCAGUAUUUGACCCUUAAUCUGAGGAAUUUGGGGUUUAGUACUUUUGAUUCGAACCUACUGUCGAUUCCGUCGCAGUUCUUUGGGGCUAUUACGAUGCUUAUCUUGACCUGGCUUUCGGUUUCAUGGAAUGAAAGAGCGUCGUUUGGAAUAAUAACACAAUUAUGGUAUUUACCGAAUUUAAUCGCUUUAGCUUUGCUAAGACGACAGUCGGCGCAUCACUAUAAUUGGUCCACCUUUGCUAUUUUAACGGUUUUGUUAUCUUAUCCUUCACCUCAUGCAAUGCACGUUGGGUGGGCGAAUCGGAAUUCUAAUUCUGUUCGUACCAGAGCCGUUUCAGCUGCUCUGUAUAAUAUGAUGGUGCAACUUGCUCGAGUGAUAUACUCGAAUAUUUACCGUGAAGAUGACAAACCAGAGUGUAAGUUAACUCCAGUCCUCAAGCUCCUUAGGGCUUGA